UCAGUAAAUGUUAUUGUUAACACUGUUAAAUGUAGUAACAAAGUGUUUUUAAGAAAAUUUUAUUAAUUUCCAAUUCAUUUAUUUAUAGUAUGUUUCAUUAGUUGUGUUUAAUAAAUUAAAAUAUUCUAUCCUCACCUAAGAUGAAUAUUUAUAAGUUUGUUUUUUGAAGUCUUAUUAUAUUAAUUUUUUUUAAAAUGAAAAUUCCUUCAUUUGGAAGUAUUGUAUCACUAGUUUUUUUAGUAUACCUUAUUAAUCUUUUUUAUUCAAUAUGGGUUAUGAUACAGCCACCCAAAUGUUCCCAUGAAGGAUUAUGUUUGAAACCUUAUUUAUUGAGAAAACCAAAUUUAGAAUUAAAUGUAUUUGUUUCAACACAAUCCAAUCCAAAAGGAUCUCAAGUAAUACAUGUUAGCAAUUAUCAUUUGCCAAAAUAUGAUGAGCCAUAUGAAAGAGUAAUGACUGUACAACUUCCACGAAAUACAAAAAAAAAUGGUACUUUAUAUGGCCAUGUAUUUUUGAGUAAAGUCAAAGAUACUCGACAAUCAGGAGAGUUGUGGACAUCAUUAUUAUCUGAUUAUGAUACAGUCUAUACAUUAGUACCAAUGUCAAUUUAUAAAAUUCCGGAUUAUAAAAUUUUUCAAUUGCUUAAUGAUGAUAAAAAUAUUCAGAAGAAUUCAGAAAAACCUGUUACUCAUAUAAAAGCUGUAAUGCCUGUAAGCAUGUUAUCCGAACCAUUACAUUUAUCACAAAUCCAUAUGCCAACUGAUAUUUUUCAGUAUAUCAGGAGAUAUAGACAAAGCCAAGAGUAUUUACCAGUAUUUUUACAUAAUUUUCUUCAAGAUCGAUCAUAUAAUGUUACAAAAAUAGAUAAUGAUACCUCUUCAGUGCCUGUACUACUUCGCUAUGAACCUAUAAGCUAUGCAGGUUUAAGAAUAUUAACCCAAACACAAUUAGCUAUGGAAACUAUGAAACAAUUUGGUUUCAAAGAUAAAGAUAUUGAUGAAAUAAAGGCUAUUUUUGAUACAAAUCAUUAUUUAUUGUUAAUCUCAAUUCUUGUUGCAUUUAUUCACCUCCUAUUUGAUUUUCUUGCAUUUAAAAACGAUAUUUCAUUUUGGCGAUCAAGAAAAACCAUGGCUGGUUUAUCAUCUCGUCUGGUUUUAUGGCGUGCAUUCAGUCAAGCAAUAGUUCUUCUUUAUUUGAUAGAAGAAAAAGCUUCAUUGCUUAUUAUUAUUCCAAGUACAAUAAGCUCUGUUAUAGAAAUUUGGAAAGUAUUUAAAAUUAUACCAGUUGAUUGGAGAAAAUUAAAAUUUAAACAAGUCACAUUGAAUCGUGCAGAAUUAGAUACUAAAAAAUUUGAUGCAGAGUCAAUGAAAUAUCUAUCAUAUGUCUUAUACCCCCUUUGUAUUGGCGCUGCUAUAUAUUCCUUAGUAUACGAACCUCAAAAAAGUAUUUAUUCAUGGAGCAUAAAAAGUUUAGUAAAUGGAGUGUAUGCUUUUGGAUUUCUAUUUAUGUUGCCCCAGUUGUUCAUUAAUUACAGAUUAAAAUCUGUAGCUCAUUUACCUUGGAAAACUUUUAUGUAUAAGGCGUUUAACACUUUUAUUGAUGACCUAUUUGCUUUCAUCAUUCCAAUGCCAACUGCUCAUCGAUUAGCAUGCUUUAGAGAUGAUAUUGUGUUUUUAAUUUACAUAUAUCAAAGAUGGCUUUAUCCGGUUGACCAUAACAGAUUAGAUGAAGACACUGAAGUAACAGAUACAAUUUCAGAAAUAACUAAGAAGAAAGAUGAAUAAUAUUUAAUUACUUUUUGUUUUAUAAUAAUGUAAUAUUGCUCAUUACUAUAAAAUUAUAAAUUAUGGAACUUAAUUUUUCCAUGUAAUUUAAAUUCUUUAUAAAUUGUACAGUUCAUCUUUAAUUAUUACUUAGAUAUAAUUAUAAAGAAAAAAAUAAUAUCUA